AUGUGGGCAGCGAAGAGCAUCUGUGGCGUGGCGCUACCGUUUGCCGCAAGGGCUUGUCUGGAACAGUUUGGGGCAAGGACUACGCUGAGGGCAUGGACUGUGGUGACGGUGCGUUUAACCUCCUCAUAUACUCCACAAAACGCCUGUUUCUUCAAACAUAAGAUCCGUAACGCUGACUACUUCCAGCUCCUCUCCACCCUAAUAACCCUACCUUUCGUCAAACCGCGUAUCCCCCCAGCCCCAUCAACAGCUGCUCGACCCCUAGACCUGGCCUUCCUCAAGCUCGUCACCUUCUGGAUGCUCCAGCUCGGCAACAUCAUCCAAGGAUUCGGCUACUUCCUUCCAACAACCUACCUCCCAACCUACACGACCACGACCGCCGGCCUCUCCGACACAACCGGCACUCUCCUAAUCGCACUCGUCAACGCCACCUCCGUCGUCGGCGGAAUCGUCCUCGGCACGCUCUGCGACCGGUUCGCCGUCACGAACAUCACGCUCCUAUCAUCCGUCGGAUCCGCCCUCUCCGUCCUCAUCUUCUGGGGUCUCUGUACCUCCUCCCCCCAAACCGCCCUCGCCCUGUUAACCCUCUUCUCAACAACCUACGGCUUCUUCGCCGGCGGCUUCAGCUCCACCUGGUCCGGGGUACUCACGCAAAUGAAGCGCGAAAGCCCAGCCCUCGAAACCGGGCUCGUCUUCGGCCUACUCGCCGGCGGCCGAGGCAUCGGGAACGUGAUCAGUGGGCCGCUCAGCUCGGCGCUUAUCAGGAAGGGGUCUGUGGUUGGGGGGAGCAGUGGGCAGGAUGGCGGGGCAUUUGGGUAUGAGAGUGAGUAUGGAGCGUUGAUCUUGUUUACGGGCGUUACGGCUGUUUUGGGGGGGUGGAGUUGGAUGUGGUUUUGUUUGAGGGGGUGGUGGAGUAGAGGGGAUAGGAUCUAG